AUGCCAGCAGCUACACAAUCCAUGGGCAUGAAGACGACGGAUGUAUCAUCCGCUGAGGGUGCCAUCAAGUACCAUCUCGUAGAGGCUGAGGAGGUGAAUUACAAAAAUCAGACAUCCAAGACACUUACCACACGUACCACUAAACCCAAGCGCAAGAGCAAAUUCAAUUGGUCGCAGUUCCCUCUGGAGGGCGAGGACAACUUGGGACCCGAAAAAGAUGAAGGCGAAGCUUCAGUGGACAAGAAGAUGGACAAUUUGUCGAAUGUUCGGACACGUGGAGGGACUCCCCAGAAACAGCAACAACAUCGUGAUGGACUUGGAUUUCGUAGUGAAAGACAAUUCGGAGGACGUCGACAGCAUGGCGAUAGUAAUGGAUCGUAUUACAAUGGGGUUUACGUACCAACGCCUGACAUUAACGUGACAGCAGAAUGGGCCAAGAGUCAAAUUGAAUUCUAUUUUACGUCGGACAAUUUGGUACGCGACAUUUUUAUGCGUCAGCAUAUGGAUGUAGACGGAUAUGUCCCCCUUGCUUUUGUAGGCAGCUUUCAGGCUGUUUACUCGGUCCAUCAGGACUAUCAGUCACUCUUGGAGGUUAUGAAACAUUCGGAGACUAUUGAGCUGGAUGAACAGAAUGAGAAGAUUCGUCUGCGUGAAGGCUGGGAGAAAUGGGUCUGGCCUAAUGCUGAAGGAGGGUAUGGAGUACCUCGGUACAUUAAACAGAUGAAUGGGGCAUAG